AAAGGAUUUUACUUUUCACACUUCUCUGCUCGCCCAUCACAGGGCAGACUCCAUAGCAAUCAGAGAAAAAGAAAAUGAAGGCGAUCGUGAUUUCGUCGCCGGGCGGUCCGGAGGUUCUGCAGCUACGAGAGGUUGAAGACCCAGAACCCAGAGACGAUGAGGUUCUGAUCAGAGUCCAGGCCACUGCUUUGAACCGAGCCGAUACCCUCCAGAGGAGUGGCUCUUACGCGCCGCCGCCUGGAACCAGCCCUUACCCUGGUCUCGAGUGUUCUGGAACCGUCGAGUCUGUCGGGAGGAACGUCUCUCGUUGGAAGGUCGGAGAUCAGGUAUGUGCUCUUCUUACCGGAGGAGGAUAUGCGGAGAAAGUGGCUGUUCCUGCAGGACAAGUCCUUCCCGUCCCUGUCGGGGUUUCUCUCAAAGAUGCCGUGGCCUUCCCCGAGGUGGCAUGCACUGUUUGGUCUACCGUUUUCAUGAUGGGCCGCCUAGCUGCCGGUGAAUCCUUCUUGGUUCAUGGCGGUUCGAGCGGGAUCGGGACAUUUGCAAUUCAGAUGGCAAAACAUCGAGGAGCAAAAGUAUUCGCGACGGCAGGUAACGAGGAAAAACUGGCUGUCUGUAAGGAUCUCGGAGCAGAGGUCUGUAUCAACUACAAGACCGAAGACUUUGUUGCAAGGGUGAAAGCAGAAACUGAUGGAAAAGGAGUGGAUGUAAUUCUGGAUUGCGUCGGGGCGCCGUACUUGCAGAGAAACCUCGACAGCUUGAACUUUGAUGGGAGAUUAUGUAUCAUCGGUCUCAUGGGCGGAGCUGUAGCCGAAAUUAAACUCAGCAGUCUUCUUCCGAAGCGUCUCACUGUUUUAGGGGCUGCGUUGCGUCCGAGAAGCCGAGAGAACAAAGCGAGGGUCGUGGCAGAAGUGGAGAAGAACGUGUGGCCGGCGAUCGAAGCGGGGAAGGUGAAGCCGAUUAUUCACGCGUCUUUCCCACUCUCAGAGGCAGCAGAAGCUCACAAGCUCAUGGAAACCAGCAACCACAUUGGCAAGAUUCUGCUCUUGCCCUGAUUCCGCAGCCAUGAGAACUUAUAACACAUUAUUUCUUCAUGGUUGAAAUCUCUCUCUUUCUUUCUUCUAAAAUAAAAACAUGGACUUGUGUUCUUACAUUUUACAUGGGAUGUUGGUGUCAAAUCAAUAAAAAAAAGCUGAGUGUUGGGUCCAAUCCAACGGUCA